CACUUCCUGCGUGAAAUGGGCCAACUCUACGAAGCUGCGGUAUCGCUUCCAGAAAACGUACAAUCUCGUCAACAAAUGCUACACUUACCCCGGCUAUGUGCUGAGCUGAUGUUGGAUGGCUUCCCUCUGGAACUGGUUGAUGGAGAUGCAUCAAAUAUUCCUCUCAGAUGGGUUAGUGAUGUGCUUCUGUAUUUGAACUCUUUGGUGCAGCCAAAUAAUAAAAUCAUGGUGGUCACAGUUUUGGGAGUCCAGAGCACAGGGAAGUCCACCUUGCUGAACACCAUGUUUGGAGUUCAGUUUGCAGUCAGCAGUGGAAGAUGCACCAGAGGAGCUUUUAUGCAGCUGAUCAAAGUCAAAGAGGACAUCAAGAAAGAACUUGGCUGUGAUUAUUUAGUGAUAAUUGACACUGAAGGUCUGAAAUCCCCAGAGCUGGCAAAACUAGAUGAUAGCCACGAACAUGACAAUGAAUUAGCCACACUUGUUGUUGGAUUGAGUGACAUUACAAUCAUCAACAUCGCAAUGGAGAAUUCCACAGAGAUGAAGGACAUUUUGCAGAUUGUGGUCCAUGCUUUCCUCAGAAUGAAGGAAAUAGGGAAAAAACCCAAUUGCCAAUUUGUCCACCAAAACGUUGCUGAUGUAUCAGCCCAUGACAAGAACAUGAGAGAUCGAAAGCUGCUGCUGGAGCAACUGAAUGAGAUGACAGAGGCUGCAGCUAAAAUGGAGAACAAGGAGGACUAUAAAAUGUUUACUGAUGUGAUGGAGUAUGACCCGGAGACUUGCAAUUGGUAUAUCCCUGGACUGUGGCAUGGAAAUCCUCCAAUGGCACCAGUAAACGCUGGCUACUCUGAGGCUAUCUAUGACCUUAAAAAGAACAUGAUUGAUGUAAUUGGAAAAUGCAAACAAAAAACGUCUGGAAACAACAUAUCAGAAUUUUUGGAGUGGACAAAAAGCUUGUGGAAUGCAGUCAAAUAUGAAAAUUUCAUAUUUAGCUUCAGGAACAGCUUGGUGGCUGAUGCAUACAUGAGACUAAAUAUAUUUGAUUCUGUUUACAGGCAACUUCGAGAAAACAUGAAACAGAAGGGGAGUUCUGUUGCUGAACAAUUAAUUACAGUGAAUCUGAUGAAUUGUGGAACAGGGGUGUUCAAAGCCACCAAUGAAAUCUUUCUCAAAAGGUGGUUUAAACACAUAAUAAAUGACAAUUCUGCAAUGAAACUACAGGAUUUGGCAGAUAAUAUCAUUCAGACAUGCUCUCCGUUAGUUUUGGACAAGACUUCGGAUUACCAUGAUGCUUACAUCCAGGAGAUCCUACACAUAGCUGAUAACAGAUUGAAGUCCAACAAGAAUAUGGGGUUUUCAGUUGAAUUUGAACUGUCCUUGAAAUUAUACAUUUGUGGGUUUUCUGCAAGAGCAUUUCAAGACAUGCAUGACCGUUUCAUCAAGGAGAAUGACCCACGUAGAUGCCUUGAUCAGUAUAAAGACAAAUAUCGUGAUGAUUUCAAGGACCUGUUCCAUGAUCGCGAUCAGUGUCAGAGAAAGGCUGAAGAAUUCACCACACUGUGCUUGAUUCCUGCAGUUGAGACAUUCAUCUACAGAUCCCUGGGGCCAGACAUCGUUGACAAAAUGCUUCAGGGAAAAAAUGCAUUUCAAUUCAGCACUCGUGCAUUUUUCCAGUACUCACUCUUAAAGCAACUUGUGAAUGAAGAUAAGUUUGAACAGUAUGUGAAAUACAUUAGCUCCUAUGAAGGUUUUGUUAAGGGCUGGAUAUUAGAUCAAAUCACCAAACAGUUUUCGAAUCACCAUGAAAUGUCUGAGUUGGAGGAGCGCCACCUUAGAGGAAUCAGCAAGGAGAUACUAGAAGCUGUCAAAAUGGCACAGAAUGAAACAAAUGAAGAUGGCAUCAAAGGAUUCAUACAUUGCAUAUGCAGGAAGCUUGGACAAAAGCUAAUAAUUCCCAAAGAUGCUCUAGAAACAGUAAUGGUCUUUAACAAUGCUUCUCAAGAGCCAUUUGCAUGCUGGCUAACCAAAUCUGUAGAGGAGAUGGAACACACAAUGAUGGAACAACUGAAGAAAGUCGACAUACAGGGUAAACUCUGCAUGCUCAAAAUGAAACCCCAGGAUGAGCUCUUCAAGCGUGUGUUUGGAUGUGGGCAACAGUGUCCAUUCUGCAGUGCUCCUUGUGAGGCUGGUGGAGAAGCCCACACUGAUCACUGUGCUUCAGUUCACAGACCUCAGGGACUUGGCAGAUAUAGACAUGAAAACAAUAAAAAAUUAGUGACUGAUAUCUGCUCAACAGAUGUCCACAGUGAAGUAAAUUUUAAGUGUUUCCAGACUAACUAUAAUCCUCAUCCUUACAAAAGAUACAGAGAAAUCUUUCCUGACUGGCACAUCCCAGCUGAUGCUAGCAUACAGGCCUCAGAUUACUGGAAAUACGUGAUGGCCCGGUUCAACACUAUGUUUGCUGAAGAAAACAAUGCUCGUCCUGCUGACAUACCCUUAACCUGGAAAUUCAUCACAAAGCAGCAAGCAGAGAACAGUUUAAAAGAGUCUUUUAGCAUCAAAUAAACAAUUAUUUUCUAUCACAACCGUAGAUUCAGUGAUUUGGCAGCACUCUCACAUUGAUUGAAAAAUGCCAUUGAUUACUUCCAAAUGGUUUCAGCUGUGUUCCAGUAACCAACAAUAAUACUUGCAUAUAGGAAUUGGUAAUGAAUAUGAGUUAAUCAAUGUGAAAGACAGUUUAACUACAUGAAAGAAAAAUGCCAUAUUGCAAUGUGCAAA